CGCGCACCUCGCCCGGACGACGCACGACACGACUCGAACGCGACUAACAGUGCUAACGAACUAAAUAUACGUGAAAACAAGUGAAGUGUGCUUUCAAUGGUAACGGGCUAACUAACAGGAUGUCUGAGGGUGACGUGUCACUGAUCCACGACGAGGACGUGCUGCGCCGAAUGUGGCAGCAGACGGAGGAUUUUUCCCGCAAGAAGGAGAUCCGCGCACACAUGUAUCGCCUGCGCGAGGAGCGCCUGCGCAACCUUUACUCGCCCGAGCCCACGCUCGAUGCUAAAGGUUCAGAGCUCGGCGCGCGGAGCCACGGGCGCUCCUUCGCGGACCAGAGCUUCCAGAGUCUCAAGAGCAAGGAGGUCCGCGACGCGGGCUCUCCGCCUAAGGACUUCUACGGACAAGAUCUCAAGGAGCUCUCGAAUGCUGGAUGGAACGUGGAGUCAGAAAACAGAACGACAGACGACGGCCACACGCACGUCAAGUCCAUCAACGCCAACAUCGAGGGACGAUAUGACGUGGACGGCGGGAAGGGACAGUUCGCCGCCGUCGACCAGCACCGGCAGGCCGUCACCGAGUACCACGACGACCACUCCAGUCUGAAGAGGAACGAGAGCAGCUCCAACACCGCCGCGCACGAGCAGGUGCUGCGCCAGACUGACGAUGGCUCACACUUCUCUUCCUCUUCAACUAAGACUUCGAGCUCUUCCAAAUUCCAGCAGGUCUCAACGAAACAAGAAUCAGUGCCAUAUGUUACCAACGAUGAUUAUAAGUCUACUCGACAAAACGACGAGAUUACAAAAGUCACGAAGGCGAGCGAUUUCGAACAGAAUUUGAGAAGUCACGAUGGCGAGCUAGUGUCAAGGAAGAUUGACUAUCCGGACAGCAAUACGAAAGUGAUAAUAGAAACACGGGAACUCCCUGAUGGGACGCGCGUCACCAGCACGCGGCGGGAGUACCGUGCCCCCGCCGUCUCCACCGCGCGCUCCGAGCACUCCUCCACACAAACCAGGAGCGAAAACAAAUCCUCCUACACAUCCAAACAUGACGUGAAGGAAACUUCAAGAAAAACCAGCGAAGACUUUGACAACAGGAUCACGAACAUCGUCGAUUCUCAGAGAAAUAUUGAUGACUACGAUUUUAAGAGAAAUUUACGCAGCGAUUAUUCGACUACUACGCAAAAGGAUGAACAUGCUGUAGAAACAUCUCGACAGAAAAUAAAUCAGCAGCGUUAUGAAACUGUUGAUAAUAUUGAUCGGCGAGAAGUUACCUCGCAAGAUACUCGACGUGCAUUCAACACGAAUGUAGACACCACAGAUAGAAAAGUCCUGACAACUCAUGACACAAGGCGAGAUUAUGAAACAAACAUUGACAAGACCGAUCGGCGCGACAUUCGUACUUCCCAUGAUACUCAGCGGGUCACCGAUGAUAGAAAGGUAGAUGACAUCACAACGAACGGAGAACGCAUUCAUCAUGUCACGAAAGAUAAGAAAGUUGAAGAAGUGGUAGAGAGGAAAGUUAGUUCUGAUCAAUAUCAGACCACUUAUCAGUCUGAUUUCACACGAAAGAAGAUAAGCCAAGACCUGAGCCCUACCCACCAAGCGUGGGCGAGCACGCUGCGUGGUGACUCUCCGUCUCCAUCGCGGCCCACCACCAGGGCCUCCUCGCCGGGCAACAGGACUUUCCAGUCUAGCACUUCGUCACUGAGAAGUAGCGUAAGCCCAGACAAGACCUACAGAAAGCCUUCAAGCCGCGGAGGUAGCCCUAGCAAAGUGGACAGGUACUCGCCAUCUCGCACCGACACUGACAGAUACUCCACCACUCACUCCACUCAUUCAGUGACUGAGACCAAAACGAAUAGAUAUACCAGCCCAGACCGGAAACCACCGCAGCACACGUCCCCGAGACAUAGUGCGAGCCCCGACCGCAAGCCAUCUGACAGCUAUCGCAAAAGACCGAGUGCUAGUCCUGAAAAGCGACCACAAGAUGCCACAUUUAGGCAUAGUAUGAGUCCUGAAAGGAAGCCAAGUCACAGAUCUAGUCCAAGCCCUACAGAAGGCACUCGUUACACUAGUCCGUCUAGACCUUCACAUAGAGAAGAGUCUCCGAAUAAGCCAUACACUCACAAACCUUAUCAGAUCUCCGAAACCGAUUUUAGUCCUAAAGCACCUGACUAUCCUCGUCACGUCUCUUCUUCGAGACACAGCCAAAGUCCGGAUCGCAAGCCAGGCUACCAAACACCUUACACAUCAACCCGACCGAGUUCGGAGAAAUCACCGAAUGAUUCAACUCCUACCAGGCCAAGCGUGAGCCCCGACAGGAAGCCUGGCUACAUGAGACCAACAGCCAGUAGACCGACUUCAGAUUCAACGCCUACGAGAAAUGCGUCUUCUCAAAGUCCGGAGCGUAAACCGUUUGAACAUACCAGGACUACUAGCAACGUCAAGGCAGACCACUAUAAAUUCAUAGAUGAGGAAACUAAAAUGUACACUCGCACUGAUAAAACCAAUACAGACUACUCAAGAACCUCUCCUGCUAAACCAGUACAUGGAAAGAGCCCCUCGCCUGUAAGGAAGGUUCCAGGAGAUGAUACGCCAGACCACUGCCGGCCUGAGUCUCCAUCCCGCUCCACAUUGCGCAUGGGCUCUCGCUCGCCCUCUCCACCCAAAGGCCCAGUGACAUUCCACGAUCAAGUAGACAAGAGCAAAUUUGUGUCAACACACACCACUACUAGCGAUGACUAUUCAGUUGAUAAGACUAUGAAGACUAUUCGUAGUGAUAAGGACACUCCAACAUCGCCAAAACGCAACACUCCCAUGAGGGAGCCUUCACCAACAAAAUAUGGGACGUACGACAAAAAAACUAGGCAUUCCGAAGAGCUGGACGAAACCACAAUCAACAAAAACACUACAAACAUCAAAUAUGACACCUUGACAAAGCGUGAUACGUCAACGAAAAUAAGUAGUGAGUUUGAUAAAACAACAGAAACAUCCAGUGUAACACGUAGAAAUGAAAAAGAUACGCCAACAACGCCUCAAAGGAAUGCCCCAGUAAGAGAGCCAUCACCUUCUAAAUUUGGAACAUAUGAGAAGAAAACUCGCCGAUCUGAAGAUACAGAGGAUGUCAAAUAUGUCACCAAGGAAACUAGAGAAGAUAAAUAUGAUUCUUUGACUCGUCGGGAAAAAGCUAUUUCAAGAAAAACCCCUGAAGUACCCAGUUCACCGACUAGAAAAUCUCCUAGAGAAACUGUUUCCCCAUCGAAAUCACCUUCUAAAGAUACCAAGUAUAAACACACCACGGAUUUCAUCUCAACCGAAAGAACAACAGAGGAAAUAAAUAAGAAAACUGUAAAAGACCGACCUCGUCAACUGAUCACUCCGUCCACCAGCCCUACUAGGAAGCCGAAGACAGUCGAAAAAGAACCUUCUACGGGGCAGAGCUCCCCUACAACAUCCGUUAGUGGAUUCGUAUAUUUCAGCUCUCCACCGCUGCAACAAACCAUCGUCACAGAUCUUGAUGACGCUGAAAGUUAUUAUGAAACUAUAACGACCGACGAAACCACAAACACAUACAAAAGACCAGAACAUCUGCCCCUGGAGAGAUCUACAUCUCCAUCGAAAAUUCCUUGUCGAUCGCCUUCACCUGAAAAGAAAACUUCUCCUAUUAAGGAAGUCCUUCCUAGAAAAAGCUCUCUGAAAAAACCUUCCGCAGGCAUUAGCCAGGUAACGCCCACUGAGAAACCGCCAUCGACUUUCACCGUGUCGCCUACAGUGGAAAUAAAGGAUGUGCCGGCACAUAAGGCCGUGAAGAAAGAUAAUCCGGAUAAAACCGAUGCAAGCCCUCCAGCUAAAGUAAAACCACCAUUUGAAAGAAGGGAGACUUAUGAAGAGAGAUGUCGCAAGAUACUCGGUAUGAUGGAAGACACAAACAAAACCACAUCUAAAGUAACUGUUACUUCCGACAAAACAUCAUAUCUAAAGGAGCCAGAAUCUAAUCGAAGCUCUCCGAGCGUAUCACCGUGUCUUAGUCCGGAUCCGAGGGAAGGAUCUCCAUUGAGACAAAAUGUAUACAAACAAGAAGUAACGAAUACUAAAGAAAAAGUUACUGACUUUAUUACGCAAGAAAAAGACGACCUAAUCAAAACUACUCAAGUCCGUCGUGAGAAGACUCCUUUCUGUAAUUUCAUCCGAAUUAAAAAAACUGGAGUUACAAAACAAAAUAUUUCUGGUAAAACUUCGCCUACUAAGAUUCAUCGAAUAAUUCCGUCACCUACAAGAGUAUCUGAACCGGACACUAAAAGAACUCCGGUUCACAAAAAUGACCUUAACAAAGAAAACGUCAGCCCUAAGAAAACUGACGCUAAAGUUACACGAACCGCCAGUGACAUGUCUAUCAAAGCGAAAAAGCCAUCGCCUCAGAGAAUGAAAUCUAAACCAGAGAUACAAGUAAGCGACAUGUCAACAAAGACAACUAGACAGACUGUCACAACGAAGACACAAAAGUCUACAAUCAAAGAACCCCAAAUGAAGCUUGCUCCGAAGCCCAAGUCAGCAACCGCGUUAAACAUGGCAACAGAUGAUGAUGAUGUACUUAUCGAUGUCGAGCAAGCCAAAUCAUCCCGAGAGAAUUCUCCAGAUCGCAUCUGUCCCACCCCAGUCAAUUUUAUGGACGAUGUUCAGACACCCAGACUUCCUGAUGAAGUUAGUGAACCAGACGAUGAGUUCCGUCGAAGAACUCAUCAUACUAUUCACGAAACUGAGUCGCUUGUCGAUGAUAUUGUUGAAAUAUCCGAAGAUGAGGAACUGUUUGUAAGGAGAACCCAAGAUGAUAUAGUCGAAGCUGACGAUUGCCUUUUGAGUGUUACUGAUAAAGUUUCUAAAUUUACAAAUAAAAUUGAUACUGUCACUAAAUCUAAGGAAGCUGCAAAGCACUUUAAAGAUACAGAAAAACGAGUUCAUUCUGAUUUUGUCGAAGAUAACCUUAAAUCUGACGAGUGUUUGCUAUCGGUUUCUGAGAAAGUAAAUAAAUUUGCUAAAGGGCCAAGGGACGCGAGAGACAAGAGUCCAUCGCGCCGUGUCACUGAUGAAUAUGAUGUCAAUACUGUAUACCAAGAUGAUUACACGAAAUUGAGUGUCAAUGACAAAGCGCAUCUCUUUGUAGAGACUGCAGAAAAUGUAAAAGCUCCUAAGAUAAAACCAUCUAAUAAAAUAGAGCGCCCUAAUCUUAAAAAUGUUGAUGAAUCAUUGAAGAGUGAUGACUGCUUACUGAGCGUAUCUGACAAGGUCAAUAAGUUCGUUAAAACAGCUGAACAAUUUUUAAAUGAGACACAUAGCACUGAAGAGAAAGAAAAGAAGAUCAAAGAGCAACACGAAGAAAUUAUGAGGAAAAUUGUUGAGAGUGUAGAUGAAGAGACGGAAAUAAAAGACAUCAAAACUGUCACAAAGCAAGGCUCUACAGAAAAAUAUCUAAAUUCUCGAGAUCAAAGACAAGGAUCUUUCUCAAAGGAAACGACUUCCUCCCACGCAAAAACUAAGGACUACGCCAGUCCUAACAUCAAACCAGUCGAAAAAAUACCCGCAGUAAAAAUAACAACUCUACGCAGUAGCGAGGCAGUGAAGAAGGCAAAAGCACUUUUUGAGAACAUUGCAACAACUCAGAAAACCAAGGAUACUGUUGAUGCCAAGAGUACAAAGACAGCGAAGUUAACAGAUAUUGGUGUUAUAAAAAAAUCGCCGAAAACUGAUUCGACCAUAGUUCUUCACCCAUCCCUUGAUGACGGUUUCCCAACAGACGUAAGCGAUGUUCCGAACGCACCUACUGAGAAGGAUGUCACGGAUCGUCCCUCAAGCGGUUUAUUGACUAGACCGCAACACCCAGCUCCUAAUCGUGACGAGAAGCCGAGAGACAGCCCGGCUCGUCUUGCCCAUCAUUCACCACAAAUCGCUCGCACUAAGUCGCCAAUGCGACAAACAAUCGAAACCGCCACUACUACGAGGACAGUUAUUUCUAGGCAUCCCACAUCGCAAAGGCCAGAAUCACCAAAGCCUCGUCAGCCAGAAGCGGAAAAGUCGCACGAGAAAGUUCCCGGUUAUCAGAGGCCUACCAAGACGACUCAGAUUCGAGACGAGACCAAAGUGGAGGAAGUGGAAGUGAGCAGCCGCCGCGGCAGCGGCAAGUUCGGCGUGGAGCUGCGGCGCACCAGCCUCGAGCGCAGCACCACCAGCAGCGAGCGCCGCCGCUCCAGCCUCGACCACCACCAGCCCUGCAUCGAGGACGUCUUCGACCUCGACCUGUUGGAACAAAUGUUGGAAAAGGUCGUGGGUUACGAGCAGAGGCGACGUAUCAGAGCUCAAAUAAGAGUCGCUAAGAAGAGGAUGGAAGCCGAACACGUAACGGAUACUAACACGUUUACUAAAACUACGAAGCAUACUUUUGUGAGUACUCCGAAGAACAGAUCCCCUGAACGGCAGGCCAAGCCUAAAUCUCCAGAACAGCGAUUGAGACCAACCUCGCCGGAACACCACUUGAGGAACAAAACUCCAGAGGUGCAAAGAGUGAGGUCUCCGGAGCGGAAACCCAAGUCAACUCCACUGAAGACAGUCUCCCCCGAACGCCACAUUAAAACGGUGACACAGAAAACCGUAUCUCCCGAUCGCAAUCACUCCAAGGAACAUACGAAGCCUAUUUUGAACGGACAUGCCAAGGAACCUACUAAGGUCAUACAGGACACUCACCGUAGGCCCCACAGCCCUGAAAAGCCCGUUCUUAAAUCUACUCCAUUGAAAACUAGGAGCCCAGUCCGCCAGCGUAGUCCGGACAAAAAGACGCGACCCCUGUCCCCGAGCAAAACGGCUUCUCCGAAACCGAAGACCAACCGCUUCAACGAAUACGCUACCGCUUACAUGAAAAAGGUCGGUCUCAAUGAAAACGACAAGCUAAAGUUCUCGGAGGUGAGCAACAAAAGAACUGUAGAGCAAGAAAACCAAAAGAACCUAUCGCAUUCUCAGAAAUACGAAAGCAAAGUUACUACAAAAUCGUACGAGCGUAAAACAUCUAACGAUACAAUUGAAACGCACUUGAACGGUAAACGGUCACCGUCGCCUAAGCGGAAAUCUCCGAGUCCUGUAGAGCGAAUGUAUCAGCGCUCACCGAGUCCGGAAUGGAAGAUUCCUCGAGAAGGUAUAAAGAAGGAGACUAUAAUCAAGACAACGAUAGAGGUGAAGCCAAAGCAGGAAGAGAAGCCAUCGUGGGUGACGAACCGUAACCUGAAGAAGACGACGUCGGAGACGCGGACGUUCAGCAGCAGGCGGCUGGAGGGCGAGAAGCCGCGGCGUGCGGCGAGCCCGUCCAAGGCCAUCGCCAAGCCGCUCGACGUCAUCACGUCCAGCUACGGGCCCGGCCCGCUCGACGCCGACGGCCGGCCGCUCUUCGGCAUCAAGGCGCUGAGAAAUGGCGCUUCCAACUAUCAAGUAAAAGGCACGGUGGUCCGCCAAGAGUUCCACUCACGCAACGGCGGAGCACCGGAGGGCGAAGUCACUGUGACGGCGUACGCAUCAGACCCGGCGGCUCUCGAGUCACUCCUGAAGGCUCAAGGAGAACCUCCUUCAAGACUACAUGGACUAGCUGCUAUCACUACCACGAAGAGAUUCGGGGGAGACACUGGAGCUACUUACAACGAGGCGCACACGAAGGAAGAGCGCGCAACCUCUGGAACAGUUCACGCACAGCGACCGUCGCGAGUCAGACUCAGGCGGCGUCAGCAUCACCGACGUCUCCGACAGAAGCGAGAAGAGAAGAAUGGAGAAGACCGACAGCCAGCGGAGAAUGUUGGAGAAGAAUGGAGGGAGGAUAGGAAGACGGUGCGGCAGAGCUCCGUGAAAUCGCUCACGGAGAAGUACAUUAAGAGUGCAUCUGAUACAACGAAGAGCGAGCGGAGCGCGUAUCCAAAAGCUGGUCUGAUCCUGCGCAGCGCCGGCCUGCGAGACAGCGUGUCCAGCGACUCUUCACAACACGCUGGUCUAGCGCGUACGGACAGCGAGCACAGCCUCGGCUCAGUCGAAGACGCCAUCAUCACCACCACAAGCGACCGCAACGGUCGCACCACCACCACCACUGAACGCCACGGCGGUCGCACCACUACCACUACCACCACAACGACUAGAGUGGGGGAAAGACCGCAGUCCUUCCUGGACAGUACAACGAAGGUCACUGGGGUACAGGACAUCUUGACCAGGAUGAAGAACGCUGAUAUUGUAAUCGAACAAGGCGACACAAACGAAGACACGGAAGCGCGCGCGCUGCUCAACAAGUUCCUGGGAGCCACCGUGCUCAUGGCCGGCAUGAAGAACUACGUGGCUGAAGCACAGAACCAGCAACGUCCCUCGCAGCACACGAAGGUGCAGGAGACAGUCCGAACGAGCGUAGUCAGCCAGCGAGCACAGGACUUCGACCCAGAACACUGCUGGGACGAGCGCGUACUCAAGAAACAUUUGGAAGAGUGCACCGACUACGAGCAGCGGCGUCGACUGCGCGCGCGCAUACGCACACUCAUGGCUGAGCAGGAAGCAUGCGCGAGCGCCGUGACGGAGGCGCUAGCGGCGGCCGGCGAGACGCCGACGGAGGCGGAAGCGCGCGAGGAAGAGGAAGUAACGACUGUGACAUCGAGCGUGCGGAGGAACUCCUCAGAGAAAACCGUUAGCAGUAGCACCACCACUAAAACUUCAAAGGUCAGUUUCAUAUUGAUCGAGAGCAUGACGCGGCCGGCUCCCAAGCCCGUGUCGCCGUUCGCCAAGUUCCGACAGCUUGAGAAGCAGAACUCUACCACCAGUCCCAACUCGCCCAAGUCGCCGCAGAGCCCGGGCUCUCCGUCACAGCCCUUCUUCAAGUUCACCGACCCCGCGCUGCAAGCCAGCGCUGUCACUAUAAAAGAACGGCUGCUGCAGUGGUGUCGCGACAAGACUCGGGACUACGAGAAUGUGAAGCUGGAGAACUUCUCGACGAGCUGGGCGGACGGGCUGGCGUUCUGCGCGCUCGUUCACCACUUCCUACCUGACGCCUUCGACUACUCUAAACUCACGCCGGAGAAGCGCCGCCACAACUUCACGCUCGCCUUCAAAGUCGCCGAUGAGAAGGCGGGCAUCUACCCGCUGCUAGACGUGGACGACAUGGUCGCCAUGCGCAAGCCGGACUGGAAGUGCGUCUUCACCUACGUGCAAUCCAUCCACCGCCGCUUCAAGGAUGAGCGCUGACCGGCGAACGCUGUGUCUUUGGCCACACUACUCUUUUGAAAUUCGAACGCACUGGCGGUUGAAACAAAAGACGUUCGAUUACGUUUUAAAAAUCGAAUAACUUUCUGAUUUCGUGUUGGUACGAAUGAAUGGAACGUCUAUUGAUUCGACUGUAGAUAGGAAUUUUGAAAUUUGAACGCACAGGCGGUUGAAACAAAAAACGCGCGAAUGCAGUUGCAAAAUUGAAUAACUUUCUGAUUUCGUGUUUGUACGAAUGGAACGUCUAUUGAGUCGUUUGACUAUGCGCAGUAUCAUACAUAGUUGGGGUCAGUAAUAGACGUAUAUAAUAGAGAAAUAAAACAAUUCUAAGGUGACAACAUUGUUUCGUAUCAGCACGUCUGUUGUUUCAAUUACCUGUGGUUUAUAACAGAAACAUUGUAAUAUUUCUUCGAUUGAACUGUAUCUUGAACGAAAAUUUUUGUGAACAAAAAGGAAGGUUAUGUCGAAAUUACAGACAAUAAAAUUCGCUAAUUUAAUACCUAUGAGUAUUUUCGUGCAAUUGAACAAAUAUCAGAAUAGUGAUGCGAAAACCAUCGAUAAACGUUACAACUGUGGCCAAAAAUAUAGCGUUAGUUAAAUUUAAGUAGUCGAACGCUAAAGUCACAAAGUAUAUAUUUUUUGUAUAAUCGAAGUGUAUAUUUAGAGUCCAAAGAGCGUAUGUUGUUAUUGUUUGUUUGUGUUAAUGUUUGUCAGAUGUUUAUCAAGUCCGCCCAGCUCGUUGACUCCAGCGUCUCGUCAGUCCUAAUUAUAGUAAUCUCAAGAUGUAUGUGAUUUUUAUAUUAGCUCAUAAGCUCCACUAACAGGUAUGUACCGACUGUAGGUUAGUCCGUAGAUUUUUAUACAUUUUCACCUUUGCGAUUGGACCCCUGAUUGCAAGGAUCGCUUUGACUUAUUUAUCUACAUAAGGAAGUAGAAUCCUCGCGUCGCUCAGGCGUUCAUUUCAACGUCCAUUAACUUGUAUUCAUGAUCAUUUCAACUUGACUUAUUAAUAAUCGCGGCUUAAAUAAUCGCCUACUGAUUUUAUCAAAUUGAUCAUAUUAUAUUAUAAUAAUUUAUAAGUUAAUUUAUAUUGAUAUGCAAUAAAAUAUUAUUAACAAUU